UUCAUGGAGACUCUUUCGAAUGACUCCAAAGAAGCUAGAUCGUUUUGAAAGAGAUUGCUAUUGGUUUAGCCGAAGUGUAUUUCCUCUUGGGUAAGCGCACUAUGCUGCCUCCUUGAGUCCAAAAGCACUCCAGCGCCGUGUAGGCUAUAACAUUACACUGAACACACAGUAAGAACGCCACACACCACCAGUAGUACAUUGUUACAAUGCUCGUAUUUCCUGCAACAUUGCUUUUUUAAUGUCUCCGCGGAAAAACGUUCGUCCUUUCAACGCGUUGCGAGCAGGGAGUACCCGCUAAGUGGAAGCUGACGGAUGUGGACAGUCGAAGAGCAAAUAUGAGAGGGGUUCGCCGUAAAAUGUCAAGAGGUUGACAGAAAUGGAUUGCUGAGAGAGCGGCUGGCGCUGAUUUGGGAUUUUCUGGACAGGUCGCGCCUAUCACCAUGACCAUAUUCAACCAAGAGAAUGUUGAGGACUAUUACGAAAUAGGAGAUGAGCUUGGAAGUGGGCAGUUCGCCGUGGUCAAAAAAUGCCGGGAGAAGAACACGGGCGUGGAGUACGCCGCCAAAUUCAUCAAGAAGCGGCGGAGCAAGUCCAGCCGACGCGGGGUGACCAAGGAGGACAUCGAGAGGGAGGUCAGCAUCCUCAAGGAGAUCCAGCACCCCAACGUCAUCACGCUGCACAACGUGUUCGAAAACAAGACCGACGUCAUCCUCAUACUGGAGCUAGUCGCGGGGGGAGAGCUUUUCGACUUCCUGGCGGAGAAAGAGUCCCUGACCGAGGAGGAGGCCACCGAAUUUCUCAAGCAGAUCCUGGACGGCGUCUUCUACCUGCACUCUAAGCGGAUCGCCCACUUCGACCUGAAGCCGGAGAACAUCAUGUUGCUGAACAGAACGGUCCCUCACCCGCGAAUUAAGCUCAUCGACUUUGGCCUGGCUCACAAGAUCGACUUUGGCAACGAUUUCAAAAACAUCUUUGGGACUCCGGAAUUCGUAGCUCCAGAAGUGGUGAAUUAUGAACCUCUCGGACUGGAAGCUGACAUGUGGAGUGUCGGGGUGAUAACAUACAUACUUUUGAGCGGCGCCUCCCCCUUCCUCGGGGACAACAAGCAGGAGACUCUGGCCAACGUCUCCGCCGUCAACUACGAGUUCGACGAGGAGUUCUUCAGCAACACCAGCGCCCUGGCCAAAGACUUCAUCGCAAGGCUGCUGAUCAAAGAUCCAAAAAAAAGAAUGACAAUUCAGGACAGCCUACAACAUCCUUGGAUCAAGCCAAAGGACACGCAACAAGCACUUAGCAGGAAAGAAUCUGCAGUCAACAUGGAGAAGUUUAAGAAGUUCGCAGCCAGGAGAAAAUGGAAGCAAUCAGUGCGGCUCAUCUCCCUGUGCAACAGGCUCUCUAGAUCCUUCUUGUCCCGGAGCAACAUGAGCGUUGCCCGCAGCGACGACACCUUGGAUGAGGAAGACUCUUUUGUGAUGAAGGCGAUCAUUCACGCCAUUAAUGACGACAACGUGCCGGGUCUACAGCACCUUCUUGGAUCCCUAACAAGUUACGAUGUGAACCAGCCAAACAAGCACGGAACUCCCCCUCUUCUAAUAGCGGCUGGCUGCGGAAACAUCCAGAUCAUUGACGUGCUCAUGAGGAAGGGAGCGGAAAUCCAGGCCCAUGACAAGUCUGGAUCGAACGCUGUGUACUACGCUGCGAGGCACGGCCAUGUUGGAACCUUGAAAUUCCUACAUGAAAAGGAAUGCCCUCUGGACAUCCAAGAUAAGUCUGGAGAGACAGCCCUUCACGUAGCGGCAAGGUACGGGAACGUGGACGUGGUCCAGUACCUGUGCAGCAUACACGCCAACCCCAACCUGACCGACAGGGAGGAAGAGACCCCCCUACACUGCGCGGCCUGGCACGGCUACUCCUCCGUGGCCCGGGCCCUGUGCGAAGCUGGCUGCAGCGUCAACGUCAGGAACCGGGAGGGGGAGAGCCCCCUCCUCACCGCCUCCGCCAGGGGCUUCCGCGACAUCGUGGAGUGCCUCCUGGAGCAUGGGGCCGACUUGGACUCCACUGACAAAGACGGCCACAUUGCCUUGCACCUGGCCGUGCGCAGGUGUCAGGUGGAGGUGGUGAAGUGCCUGCUCGGCCACCACUGCUACGUCGACCACCUGGAUCGCCACGGCAACACCCCGCUGCACAUCGCCUGCAAGGACGGCAACCUGCCCAUCGUCUCACUCCUCCUGGAGGCCAGAGCUAGCCUGGACAUCCCCAACAAAUACGGAAGAACUCCCCUGCACCUGGCUGCCUCCAACGGAGGCCUCGAAGUCGUACGACACCUCUGCGCUGCUGGAGCAAACACCGACGCCAUCACCAACGACGGGAAGUCGGCCGAGGACCUGGCCAGCAUGGAGCAGCACGAGCACAUUGCUCUCCUGCUGGGGAAGCUAAAAAAGGACACGCACAAAGGAAGCUACAUCCAGCAGCUGAGGGCCAGCCAGACCCCGCAGCCGCGGAUCAAGGUGAAGCUGUUCGGCCAUUCGGGCUCAGGGAAGAGCACCCUGCUGGACUCCCUCAAGUGCGGGAUUCUGCGCAGCUUCUUCAGGAGGAGGCGACCCCGCAUCUCCUCCACCAACUCGUCCCGCUUCCCCCCCUCUUCCCCCGUCUCCAACAAACCUGCAGUCUCUGUCAGUAUUUCCAACCUGUAUCCCGGGUGUGAGAACGUUAGCGUGCGCAGCCGCAGCAUGAUGUUCGAGCCCAGCCUCACCAAGGGGGUCCUGGAGGUCUUCUCUCCGGUCCACAGCGCCCUCUCCACCGCCGACGACCAGACCACCAAGGCCAUCGACAUCCAGAACGCCAACCUCAAUGGAGUGGGGGAUUUCUGCGUGUGGGAAUUCUCUGGCAACCCGGUCUACUACUGCUGCUAUGACUACUUCGCAGCCAAUGACAUCACUGCCAUCCACCUGGUCCUCUUCAGCCUGGAGGAGCCGUACGAGGUCCAGCUCAACCAGGUCACCUUCUGGCUCAACCUGCUCAAGUCCCUCACCCUGCCCGAGGACAACAUCGCCUUCAGCGGGAAGACAAAAAACCCCCUGCAGGUGGUGCUGGUGGCCACACACGCAGACAUUGUCAACCUGCCUCGCGCCUUUGGAGGGGAGUUUGGCUACGACAAGGAGAGGUCUCUCCUUAAAGAAGUCCGAGCCAGGUUUGGCCAUGACCUGCAGAUCUCUGAUAAGCUUUUUGUCAUGGAUGCCGGGGCGUCCAACUCAAAAGACAUGAAACUGCUGCGAAACCAUCUUCAGGAACUUCGAAAUUCUAUCGUUUCUACAUGCCAGCCCAUGACCAUGCUGUGUGAGAAGAUCAUCGCCACGCUGCCAUCCUGGAGGAAGAUGAACGGCCCCAACCAGCUCAUGUCCUUGCAGCAGUUUGUGCUGGACGUGCAGGAGCAGAUCAACCCCCUGGUCAGCGAGGAGGACCUGCGGGAGGUGGCCUCCCAGCUGCACAGUAUGGGGGAGAUCAACAUCAUGCAGAGCGAGACCGUGCAGGACGUGGUGCUGCUGGACCCGCGCUGGCUCUGCGGCGGCGUUCUGGCCAAAAUCCUGUCCAUAGAGACGCCCAAGGCCAUCCACCACUACAGGGGGCGCUACCGGCUGGAGGAGGUGCAGGGCCUGGUGGGGGAGAGCGACGUGGACGAGCUGCUGCAGAUCCUGGACGCCAUGGACGUGUGCGCCCGCGACCUCAGCAACCCCGCCAUGGUGGACAUCCCCGCCCUCAUCAAGACCAACGGGCUCCAGCGCUCCUGGACCGAGGAGGAGGAGGAGGCGCUGGUUUACGGCGGGGUGAGGGUGGUUCCCGCCGAGCACCUGACCCCCUUCCCCUGCGGGCUCUUCCACAAGCUGCAGGUCAACCUCUGCCGCUGGAGCCACCAGCAGAAGCCAGAGGGGGACGACGUCCGGCUGUGGAACAACGGCGCCAAGAUCUCGCACGCGGGCGCCGAGGUGAUGGUGCUGCUGGUCAACCACGGCCAGGGCGUGGAGGUGCAGGUUCGCGGGCCCGACUCGGACCGGGUCAAGUGCUACGGCCUGCUGGACAUUAUCUGCAGCAUCAUCGACAGCCUGCUGGCCACCACCCUCCCAGGCCUCCUGACAGCCAAAUACUACCUGAGCCCCCAGCAGCUGCGGGAGCACCACGGCCCUGCCAUGAUCUACCAGCCCAGGGACUUCCACAGGGCCCAGGCCCAAAGGGAGACCUCGCUCACCAACACCAUGGGAGGCUACAAGGAGAGCUUCAGCAGCAUAUUGAGCUUUGGCUGCGCGGAGGUCUACCAGCAGGGCAGCGUGGGGACCGACGUCCACAUGUCGGAGGUCUGCCUCUUGGCCAGGAGGAAGCUCAGCCGGCUCCUGGACCCCCCGGACGCCCUGGGGAAGGACUGGUGCCUGCUGGCCAUGAACCUGGGCCUCUCCGACCUGGUGGCCAAGUACAGCGCCCCCAACGGGACGCCCCCCAACGGGACGUCCCAGCCCAGCCCCACGGCCGUGCUCCUGCAGGAGUGGAGCGGGCGGCCCCAAAGCACCGUGGGCGUCCUCAUGGCCCGGCUCAGAGAACUCGGGCGCCGGGACGCGGCCGACUUCCUGUUGAAGGCGGCGCCCGUCUUCCGGGUCAACCUGGAGGCUCCCGCCCCGGACAGCUACGGCCCCACCUGCAACGGCGGGACGUCCUACAACUCUAUAAGCUCGGUCAUAUCCCGGUGAAGGAGAGCAAGGUUUGGGACACUAAGUGCAAUCCUUAUGGGGACCGCCCACUCCUCCAGUACUCCAGUGUACAAAAACUACCGUCAACAGCCACAGGGAAGCUAACCGAAAUCUGAUUGGUGUCCUCACCGAGGCCCUUCUUUUAUGAAUGGUUUAUUUUUCUGGUUGGCCCCGAAAGAAUGAUUCAUGCAACUUUUAUUUUUUGUAAAUUCCCAAACACAAAUUAGUGCCACUGCCACCUUAUUGUUAUCUCAUUAACAUCACAAUUAAUUGAUAGCCGCUUUUGUGAAACUUCAUCAACAUUCGGUGUUCUUUUAUGAAACUGGGAUUGUUUUAUGUAUUUAAAAUAAAGUCCUUGCUUUUAGCCGUUUA